AAAUUUACUCCGUAUUGACGGUUUUAAUCGGCCGGUUUCUUAUCGAACUGGGACUAGUUAUCGCCGCGGCCACCCGACGAUUCCCACGAAUUUUCGGAUAGGCGACUUAUGGGAUAGUACUGUCGGUCUGUUAACAAAAUAGAAAUGCUUUUCUCCUCGUCUCAGCUGGUGGUCCUCUUCUACGUCUUGUGGCCGUAUUCAUUUUGGGUGGCGGAGGCCAAACUGCAGUACCGAUUAGUCAGUUCCGAUACGUGCGACAGAUAUUCUCUAGAUGCCCUCUUUCACGAGAAGUAUCGGUUGAUCACCCGAGACGUUUUCGCAGAUUCGGUGGUCUUCGUGGAGAAAAUAAUCGAAAAAGUGGAAGGCAGUUUGCAAGAAUUAAUCGUUAAAGUUCCCGGACACGAGAAAUCUAGCAAAGAGGAGAUGUGGAUGCACAACGCCUUAACUCUGUUAAAGGAUUCGUUUGAAAAAACUGCCAAAAAAUUAAACGAUAACAUAACUUCUCAAUGGGAAAUUUUAAUCGAAAUCAAUCGCAAAUUCCUGGCAUCGGAACUGGACGUCACUUUUCGAAACGUAGUGGAGCGAGCAGAGAACGUACGCGAAGUUUACGAACACUCCAAGUCGCAACUUGACCAAGAAUUGGGCAAAGUUGUUUCUUUUAUAAAGAACUUGAUGCGAAACAGUCAGAAGGGAAUCGAAGAGGCAGCCGAGCUUGUAACGAGUGAUGGGCACGGACAUGAAAUUUCGGAAAAAGAGGAAGAGGAUGCAUCCAAAAAGAAGAAAUCGAUUAUCAGAGAAAUUUUGCCUCCUUUUAUGCUUAAAAUAACGGAGCAGUUGUACGAUCGCCAAAUCAAUUUAACCUUUCCGGUUUCGGAUGCUUUGGAGGAGAGAGAUUCGGUUUUGGACGACCUGUGCUUUUCUACUGGAAUGAUAGCCUCUAAGGUCAAGAGUUUGGAACAUGCGGAAUAUUCUAGCGAAGACUACGAGGACCUGACACGUCGAAAUUUGUACAUUUUCUGGGCGAAUAGCAUGCGGUCGGUAUACGAAGAUAAAAGAAGAAAAAAGUCUGAUCAGACGGAAGAUCCUGUCGAAAGAUUUCGGAAAUUUUGGUCGAACGAAGAAGAGCUUGUGGACACCUUAAUUAAUCUGUUCCAAGUUUAUCCCUGAAGAAGUUUAUCCAAAAACCGAGUCUCGCUCGAUGUGAAUACUGUAUUUAUUUCGUAUCGACUAAUUAAAUCCCAAUCUAAAGUUGUCUGUUUGUUUCUUAUAC